AUGUUAAGCUGGUCGUUUACUGAAUUGGUAGUGCCAGUUUUGGUUGCUGCACUAAUGACUAGUUCAUUUUUAUGGAAUUGUGCUUCUCGGGACAGAGGUAAGUUUUGGUGGUUUUAUUUCUUUACCUGAAGUUUUAACUUUUUUCUGAUUUUUAAAUCUUUUUUAAGAAGGUUUUUUGAAUUUGUAUACAGUUUUUGUUGUUUUUUUUUGUUGGUUUUUUAGCCCUGGAAAUGCAUGUAAAGGCCAGAAAAAGGAAGAGAAAGUUGAGUAAGGAGAAGAACAGAAUGUCCAACGAAGACUUGAGCACCGCUAAAGGAGAAGUAUCACUUGUCGGACAAAAGUUUAAGGCUAAUGAAAGUAAGUUUCAAUUUCUGCAAAGAAUUCUUAUUAUUAGCUAGUGUUUUUGGCUUAAUUUUUGUCUGAUGGGUAAGUUGAGUUGAAAAAAGGAAAAUAUAACUCGGUUUUAUACUAAGUUCAGCAUUGUGGUUACUUUUUGAGUUAGGAAAAGCGAGUGUUACUUUUAAAAGGUAUUUUCAGAGCCUCAACACGUACCGCUAGCCUACACCAAGUCGGAAGACACUCAGCAAGGCGAGCCUCGAACUGCCAAACCCAUUGAUUUUUUGUACCCAGCAGACAGCAAUGACAAUGUAAGAAAAAAUAUAUUGAUUUAUUUUUUAAGUUUUUUUAAAGUACGGUUAUCUAUCGGUUUAUUUACCUGGUAAAUGACAGUUUAUAUUGCUUUAAGAUAUGGCAAGACGAAAGCACCCUCCGGCACGUCUCUUCAAUCGAACCGGACAAUGAGACUUCAAUGAUGAUUCGCUCGCACAUCCACCGACGUCGUGACACUGAACUGACAAUGACUUGA